AUGUUCACUGCAUUGGCGAAGAAGGCGGCUACAUUUGCGUCAGGAGUCGGUACCAGCAUCGCCCAAGAAUUGGUCAAUGGGGUGAAGCUAAUUCUCGACCAAGGGCAUAUCAGUAAUGUCAAGAACGGCGGAUUUACUCUUGCUCUCAAGGGAUCACUCCUCGACACCGGCUACUCAAACUCGACCAUCGAGUUCUUGGAGCCCGUCAAGUAA